CACCAAAAGGAGGCACUUAAGCCUUAAAUCUUGAUAGACUGACUGAUUAGAAGUAAAACCUGUUAUGAAUAUAUUACUGGGAUUUGACUAGCUGUUUCAUAGGUGAUAUGGACCCAUAAGCUUUUUUUUGUUCUUUACAUACAAGCAUUAAACAGACUGUUAAAAAGGAAAAGUCUUGAAAAAAUGGCAAUUGAAAGUGAAUUUAGUGUGAAGAGCAGCAGCAUCAUCAAGGAAUGGAGCGGACAGGUCCACCCUGCCCUGGUUGUGUCUUUUGUUUUCCUCGUCUGCCUGGAAGCCUGCCUGUGGGUCAGAAACCUCAGGCUCAAGAGGAGACUGCCGGGACCCUUUGCCUGGCCCGUGGUGGGUAACGCCAUGCAGCUGGGACAAAUGCCUCACAUCACCCUGGCAAAGCUCGCCAAGAAGUAUGGCAAUGUGUACCAGAUAAGGCUGGGCUGCAGCGAUGUGGUGGUCCUCAACGGAGAAAAGGCAAUACAUCAGGCACUGAUUCAGCAUAGCACAGAGUUUGCAGGACGACCAAACUUUGUCUCAUUCCAGAUGAUCUCUGGAGGCAGGAGCCUGACGUUCAAUAAUUACAGCAAACAGUGGAAAGUGCACAGGAAAGUUGCACAGUCAACUCUCAGAGCGUUUUCUUCAGCAAACAGUCAGACCAAAAAAGCCUUUGAGCAGCAUGUUGUGGCAGAGGCCACAGAACUGGUGCAGGUGUUUUUACGUCACAGCGCUAAUGGACAGUAUUUUCAUCCAGCUUAUGAGUUUACAGUAGCUGCUGCAAACAUCAUGUGUGCUCUUUGCUUCGGAAGGAGAUAUGGACAUGAUGACCAAGAGUUCAGAACCUUGUUGUACAGAGUGGACAAGUUUGGAGAGACAGUUGGAGCAGGUAGCUUAGUAGAUGUCAUGCCCUGGCUGCAGUCCUUUCCAAAUCCUGUGCGAAAUGUUUAUGAAACUUUCAAAAGCAUAAACAAUGAGUUUUUUGGCUAUGUGAAAGACAAGGUUGUACAGCACAGGGAGACCUUCAACCCAGAGGUGACCCGGGACAUGAGUGAUGCCAUAAUUAAAGUGAUAGAGCAUGGAGAGGAGUGCGUGUUGGGAAGUGAAUUUGUUGAAGCAACUGUUACUGAUCUGAUUGGAGCAGGUCAAGAUACAAUUUCAACUGUGAUGCAGUGGCUUCUCCUCAUGCUAGUUAAAUACCCAGAUUACCAAACCAAACUGCAGCAUCUCAUUGACAAAGUGGUAGGCCAAGAUCGGCUGCCAUCUACUGAGGACAGAAGCAAACUGGCUCUCCUGGACGCCUUCAUCUUCGAAACCAUGCGUUUCACCAGCUUUGUCCCAUUCACUAUCCCACACUCAACCACGUCAGAUGUCACCAUCGAAAGCCUCCACAUCCCCAAGGACACAGUGGUCUUUAUCAACCAGUGGUCUGUCAAUCACGACCCCCUGAAGUGGAAAGACCCCCACGUGUUUGACCCAACACGCUUCCUUGAUGAGAACGGUGCCCUGGACAAAGACAGAACCAGUAGCGUGAUGAUUUUUUCAACAGGUAAGAGGCGCUGCAUCGGCUCUCAGAUUGCCAAGGUGCAGGUGUAUCUGUUUGCAGCUGUCCUGCUGCAUCAGCUCACAUUUGAGAGCGACUCUUCUAUGCCUCCUACUCUGGAUUGCACUUAUGGUCUCACGCUGAAGCCCCUCCAGUUUAAUAUAAGAGCCAAGCUGAGGGGAAAGUUGCUUGGUGUGGUCUCCCCAGCAUAAACACCAUGCCAUACUUCUGUUACACACUUUACCACCAAUUACAUUUUGAAGUCUGUAUUCUUGCAAAAAAAAAAAACAGUUUUCUAUAUUAAAUAUGAAAAUGUAAUGCAUACUUUGACUUCUAUCUUCAAAAGAUGUCUGAUACAAAUAUAACAUACGUUCAUAGAGUGUUAGGGUCAUUGGAGAGUAUAAAAUAUUCACUAAUACUCUGUCAAUACUCAGUAAUACUCUGCACUUGAUAAGAUUUAUUAGAGAAACACAUGCUUGUUUGUCAUCCAGUUAAGCACAACUAUGUGUUCAAAAGUGACAUUUAAAGUAUUGCUGAUGCAUAUCAAAUACUUGAGAAUGUGACUAAGAAACUUGAACGUCCAUUGCUCUAAUUUGUUGUGUUUAAAAUGUAUUUUAAUUUUGCCAUAUAUAUUGUAUUUAAUGUAUGACAGUUACGAAACAAAUGUAAUCACUAUCUAUUGUAUCUAAAACAUUAGAACACAAUGGAUACUAAAAUGAGCUUGUGUAAAAAAAAAUCUGAAUUGAGAAAGGAAUCUUUCAGCAAGGAGGAUCCAAUACUUUUCUAAUAACAAGAAUGAGACAUCACUGGGGACCGCAAGGACUAACAGACUUUCUGCAUCAAAGCUUUACUUUCACUGUACAAGCACUGCAGCUACCAUUAUGCCAUGCCUCUCUUUUUCUCAGUACAACAAAACACAUGUGUAAGACAUUUCUCUCACUUGUGAGGCAUUCUUAAAACCAUGUUUGUUUACAGUGCAGUUUUUCAAAGCUACACGGAUGUUGGUGCACUUACUCUAAGCCUCUGUGUUCACAACUUGACAUUUUAAUAUCCAAGGGAUGUUUUUCUGCCUGUGUUAAGACAGAAAAUGAACCCCGGUCAGCUUCCAAUGUUAAAGCCUUCUAUCUGGAGGGCCUGCUUUUUUUAAGACUCACUGAACCUUUAUAUACUGAAAUAAAUAAGCUGUAUUUAAAAUUAAAAUGAAUUGUAAAUUGUU